ACUUUUGUAGUCCUGCAUUGGACAGUGGGGCUGUCCGGGAGCCGCAUACCAGCAUCAUAUUAAACCAGGCGUGGUGCACAGCGGAAUUCUCUUUCGCAGUCGGGCAGCGGUGGCUUCUAGACUCAUGCUCAUCAUCUCAGCUACCUGACAUUGUUGCUCAACGCAGUCUCAGUAGCACAGACAUAGCCACGCAUAGCUGCCGAGACCGUGGCCCACAAUGAGGACGUCGUUUUCUUCCAAUUUCCACAUUGCCCGCCUCUUCCAGGAGGACAGGACACCUUCCAAUCCCCCAACUCCGGGCUCACUUGGAACGGGCUGUUUUUUUCGAGAUGGCAAAACAAGAAUCGAUUUCAUGCUGGUUUGGGAGGAGGUCAUGGAAGGCAACAAGAAGCUCCUGAAGACCAAGAACACGUAUCAGGAGAUGGAAAACGAGGAGACGGUGCCUCCACAAUCCAUGGACGAGCACGACAGCCUCCGCAAGAUCUUCCUCACGAACCUGAGCAAAAUCGGACUGCUAAUAGAGGAGGACAUCAUGCAAGGGGAGAAGAUUAACAUCCAUUAUCUGAAGCUUCAUGCACCAUGGCAAGUGCUCCAAUGCUACGCAGAGGAGAUCAACCUCAGAAUGCCACUGCAGAUCCAUCCAAUGACCAAGACGCACUUUUCGGAGAGGCUGUUAAAGUUCCUGCAUCUCCCAAACAUCAUGCAUGCAGAUCUUCCGCGGCAGCCCCAAGAAUACUACAACUGCUUCUUCCGCAAGUCCAAACUCGAUCGGUUCCUUGGCAGUGACCACCCAGAAACAUUCUUCUCCAGUACCCAGCGGCAUGUCAUCGUCAAAGAGAUCUUAAACACAACGCCAUAUGGGAAGCGGAAGAAGGCCGAGGUCGGCCUUGAUCGGAUGUUGAGGGACCAUAUCUUCUCUGCAGCCUUCCCUUUGCACGAGGGAAGCUACGAUGGGACGUACCUGGGCUUGGCCCCAGAACAGAUGACUCGCCGCCAGGUGCUCUACAAAUACUGGGCCCGCUGGGGCUGUUGGUUCAAGUACCAGCCCCUGGACCACAUCCGCGAAUACUUCGGGGAGAAAAUUGCCUUCUACUUCGCCUGGCUCGGAUUCUACACCUGCUGGCUUCUCCCGCCUGCCUUGGUGGGACUAGUUGUGUUUUUCGUGGGAUGGUUGACGCUUCACAAUGACAGCACAGUAAAAGAAAUCUGUGAAAAUGGCAGCCAUUACCAAAUGUGUCCUCUCUGUGACACCUGCAAAGUGUGGAACCUGUCAAACACCUGCAACAUGGCUAAGAUGGGCCACAUAUUUGACUACCCAGGGACGAUUUUCUACAGCAUCUUCAUCUCCCUCUGGUCUGUGAGCUUCUUGGAAUACUGGAAGAGGAAGAGCUCCAGCCUCACCUACCACUGGGGGUGCACGCUGGUGCACGAAGAGGAGCGGCCCCGGCCAGAGUAUGCUGCGCUAGCCCCCCUCAUUCGGGAGAACCCCAUCACGGGAGAAAAGGAACCGUACUUCUCCGAAGACGAUCGCACUCCAAGGACUGUCACCGGCUCAAUCGUCCUCUUCCUGAUGAUCUCCGUGGUUCUAAUAUUCCUGGUCACUGUGAUACUGUACCAAGCCCUUCUAAGCAUUUCAAUCUUCAAGACUGGCAAUUGGUUCCUCGCGACGCAGGCGACGAAUAUCGCGAACAUGACUGGCACCUUGGUGUUCCUCGUGCUGAUCGUGAUCAUGGCGCGCUUGUACACGACCAUAGCAGACUAUCUCACCAGAUGGGAAAUGCACCGGACACAGUCGGAGCACGAGAACGCUUUAACCGUCAAGGUGUUCAUCUUCCAGCUGGUCAAUUACUACUCCUCUCCUGUGUACGUGGGCUUCUUCAAGGGCAAGUUCAAUGGGUAUCCAGGAAACUACGGAAACCUUUUUGGAACUCGAAAUGAAAACUGUCCCCAAGGUGGCUGCCUGAUCGAGCUGGCUCAACAGCUGUUCAUCAUCAUGGUGGGGAAGCAGAUCCUGAAUAACCUGCAGGAGCUUAUCCUCCCGAUAAUCCAGCAGUGGAGGCAGCGGAGGAAGCUGGAUGAGAUCAGAGGCAAGCGUCUGGUACAGGAGCUCAACAUCUGGGAGGACGACUAUGAGCUCCUGCAUAACACUGGCCUUUUCGACGAGUACCUGGAAAUGGUGAUGCAGUUUGGGUUCAUCACCAUCUUCGUCAUGGCGUUCCCGCUGGCCCCGCUCUUCGCGCUCAUGAACAACUGGGUGGAGAUCCGUCUGGACGCGCGCAAGUUUGUGUGUCGGUACCGGCGCUCGGUGGUGGAGCGCGUCAGGGGCAUCGGCGUCUGGUUCGACAUCCUCUCUGGCCUCGCCCACAUCUCCAUCAUCUCCAACGCCUUUUUGAUAGCGUUCACCUCUGACUUCCUGCCCCGCCUACUCUACCGGUACACCUACAAGUCGUCACUGGACGGUUACGUCGAUUUCACCUUGGCCUACGCUCCCCGUGACUACGUGGUCGCCAAUCACACCAUGUGCAGAUACAGAGACUUCCGAGAUCAAGAUGGAAACCUGACGCUCUUUUACUGGAAGCUCCUGGCUGUGCGUUUGAGCUUUGUGAUUAUCUUUGAGCACCUGGUGUUUCUUGUGGCUCGAGCAAUAGAUUGGCUCAUUGUGGACGUGGCUCCUGAUCUGAAGGUAAAAAUUAAACGGGAAGAGUACCUGGCAAAGCAAGCUCUGUCCGAAGACCAGAAAACACUGGAAAAGGAAUCCUAGCAGUGAGCGUUCUCCAUAGUCACUUCCAUUCCUUCUUUGCUGGGAUUUUUUGCAACCUGUUUACCUCUUCGAAAUAUUUAUUUAUGGGUCAACAGUUUUGUUUUCAGCACCAGUGCCAGUAUGUGUAGCCGGCGUUGGUAAAGUAUGCAGUAGCGAUGGCCGACAAACCCACCGUUAAUCCCUUGACUUGUGUUCGUUUUGAUUCACCGUUACAGGCCGACUUGCACUAUGUUUAUGCAAGAUGAGCGGAAUGUCCUAGCCAAUUGCAAGUGAAUGAGAAUGAACGUAGGACUUUAUAAUGAUUACAAUGUGUAUCACACAAGCCAAAUAGUAUGAGAGUUGCAUCCUGGUAAUUGUAGUGAUCAAUGCAUUGACACUAAUGCUUUUAAAAAGUCAUUAUAAUGGAUCCUGUGGUAUAUGUGUAUAUGUAUUUCACAGUGUAUAUUGUUAUCCUGGAGGUCAUCGAAUAUUUUCUUCGAAUAUGGCAAAAUACUGGCUGAUUUUUUUAAGUAUUACUAUUAUCCAGCCGAAUUGAAUCAAGAACAAAAAUUAGAAACCGAAAAUUAGUUUCAUGUAUGACGGGCUGCCAUGGUCAUGUGACCACCGUGGUCUUAUUGGGGGUCGGAUGGGAAGGGAGUAGAGAUCACGGGAUAGGAGAAAUGACAAGACGAUAAGCACAUGGUGAGAGAGAGGACACGGAGGGAGAGACAAAGACGGGGAUCUGGAAAGACAUCUAGACAGGUGGUGGGAGACAGAAAUAUAGAGAUGGGGGUAAUUGAAGAGAGGGAGACGGACAGGAAGAGGAAAAGAGAUGAGGGAUACAGGGAGUUGGAUGUGACAGAGACACGGAGAUCUGCCAGUUUAUUUAAGAAAAAUAUACACUUCAACACAAUUCGGCUACCAAUUGAGAUUCACAGUGGUACUCAGUGUUUAGAAUUCAGCUGAGUAGUCAAAAAGUGCUGUUCAAUCCACCGUGAGUAUGGACAGCACAUGACAUCCCUGUAAAUAUCAAUCGGUACCGCUUCAACAAUUGCAGGCAACAGCUUGGGAUGGAAUUCACCCAAAUGGUUUAUUUUUUAUUGAAUUGGCAUAUACACAUGAACUGUACUCAAUGUAUCCACAUUAAUGUACAGUACUGUAUA